GCCGCGACUUGUCACAACCCACUUUGGUAGCACGACAGGGCCCGCAGGCAUGGGCGGAGGAAGUAUCAGACAUAGCGAUCAAGUAUCGGAGCCGGAGAUAACAGCGACAGGUGUCGGAGGGGGCGUGGCGUUUUUAACAACAGAGAGCGUUGACUCAGCAUCGGGGUGGAUCCGUCGGAGGCCAGCCCUAACCCCGACGGUUGUUGUAUAAAAGUAUAACUUCUGAUCGGCUGUCAAGGCACUGUUUGUCUUUGGAAACUAUUGAACAAUGCCUCGCUCGGAAAAGCCUCGUUCCUUAGUUAUCGCGCCAGUCGACAAUGACUUCCCGGAAGGGGGCUAUGGCUGGAUAUGCGUGCUGUGCAUCUUCCUCAUCAAUGCCCAUACCUGGGGAAUCAAUAGUGCCUACGGAGUCAUUCUAGCCUUCUACCUCUCCUCUGACCAAUUCCCAGGCACCCCAGCCAUCGUCUACGCCCUCGUCAGCGGCCUCAGCAUCUCCUGUGCCCUCCUGAUAGCCCCGCUCAUCACUUUCCUCUCCCCAUGGAUCCCCACCCGCUGCUUCAUCGCCCUCGGUGUCAUCCUCUCAACCGCAUCCAUGGUCAGCGCCUCCUUCGUCACAGCCAGCUGGCAGCUCUUCCUCAGCCAGGGAAUCUGCUUCGGCUUCGGCAUGUCCUGCCUCUUCAUCACCACCGUCGUCAUCCCAAACCAAUGGUUCAGCAAACGUCGGGGUAUCGCCAACGGCAUUGUCGCGGCUGGUUCAGGGACUGGGGGGCUCAUCUACUCCCUCGCAACAAACCGCAUGAUCCAGACCCUGGGAUUCCGUUGGGCGUUCCGUGUCCUGGGGAUCGUCUCGUUCGUUGUGAAUCUUGUCUGUGGGAUGCUCGUACGUGAGCGGAAGGUCUCAGGUAGGAAACGGAUGCAGAUCCGUCUGUCGCUCCUGAAGGAACAUAGGUAUCUCCUCUUCGUUACUUGGGGAAUCUUAAGUGUCCUUGGGUAUAUAUCGCUCCUGUUCAGUCUGGCCAGCUACGCCCGGACCAUCGGACUCUCCUCCAAUACAGGCAGUCUCGCCAGUGCACUACUGAAUCUCGGACAAGCACUGGGCCGGCCUCUGGUCGGUGCAUUGAGUGACCGAUUCGGCCGGAUCCGUGUCCCUGCGGUAGCGACUGCGCUGUGCGGCGUGCUUUGCAUAGUAUUCUGGCCAUUCGCCAGGGAAAGGGGGUCCCUGUUUGCGUUCUCGAUUCUCGCGGGUAUUGGGGCCGGGACGAUCUGGGCUGCUGCCCCGGCCAUAGCGACUGAGCUUGUGGCGCUACAGGAGGUUGGUGGUGCCUUGGCGAUUUUCUGGCUAGUUUGUGUACCGCCGGGGACGGUGGCCGAGGUUAUUGCGCUGCAGCUGAGGAAUCCGGGAAGUAUCCAGGGACCGUAUUUUCCCGUUCAGAUGUUUACAGGCGCGGUUUACCUGGUGGCUGGGGGAGCGCUGGCGGUUCUUGCUUUGCGGGGUCGAUAAGCAGUACGGUAGUAUGUAUAAUGUAGCAGCUACCGGCGAGACAGUGAUCAGUCCAGACCUGCAUCAUCC